AUGUAUUUACAACAAAGUGUUUGUGAAUUUAAAAAUGGUAACAGAGAUCCAUUAUUAAUUCAUCUUUUAAGUGUAGCAAGAAAAUUAGGAAUGAAAUUUGAUAUGGAAAAAGAUAUUUUAAUGUCAUUAGAACCAACAGAACAAAAUACAAUUGAUCUUGUUAAUUAUUUUAGUACAUUAAAUGAAUAUGAUAAAUCAGCAAAAGAAGCAGAAGAUGCUUAUACUUCUAAAUAUUUUGAACAAAAUAAAUUUGAUAGUUUUGAUGAUAUUCAAAUUCCUCUUGUUGCUAUUAUUCCUAUUGGUCCUUCAAGUGAUGAAUUCUUUUAUCCAAUAGCAGAGAAGAUGGAAGCAUUAGGAACCGAGUUUUUAUUUGAUCUUGGAAAUACACCAUUUAGAUUUAUGAAAAUGAGUAAACGGAUAUUUAAUAAUAAGAAUAUUAGCUUUCUUCGAUUCUUUUCAAUUGUUGCUAUUCUUAAUUGUGAAAAUUUAAAAGAUUAUGAAAUUAAGAAACAUAUUAAUUCUCUUCAAUCAACUGUUGAUGCUAAUUGGGAAAAUGUAUAUUCUAUUCAAUUUCUUUUAAUAAAUUAUCCAUCAGAUUUACCUAAUGUUAAUACAUUUAUAAAAACAGAAGAUAAUAAAAUACAUGUUAUUAAUAAUUGUCCUGUUGUAAAAAAUAUUAUUAACUCAGUUAUGUUACAAUUAGGAGAAAUGAAAACGAUUUAUCCCGCAUUAGCUCCUGAUAAAUAUAUUCUACCAAAAAAAACUACAACUAUUUCUUUCUUAUUAAAUGCAGGUGAAGUUCAUCUUUAUCUUAAACAUUUUGAUAUUUCAUUUAAAUUCUUUAAAGACGCAUUAAAAAUGGCAAAAACUUCUAAUGAUUCAUUUAGUUUAAUGACUGCUUGUAUUGGAAUGUGUUCUUGUUUAAUUACUGAAAAAAAACCAUUUGAAGAUGUAAUAAAUGAAACUUUAGAAAUACUUAAUAAAAAAGGAGAAAAAAGGUGUUGUAAACGAAUUAAAUUAUUACACGCUCAGUAUUAUAUUGAUAUACAAAAUAACGAACAAGCAAAGAAAAUUAUUGAAGACAUUAAUAAAAUUUAUGAUGGAAAUGAAAUUAGUGGAGAUAUCUUUGAUUGUUAUGUUGCUCUUCAACAAGCUAAUGUACUUAAUCAAUUAGGAAUGAUUCAACAUCAAAAAUAUAUUCUUCAAAGAGUAAGUUGUUUAAGUAAAGAAUUAAGUUUUGCUAAUUUUGCUAUAAAUGAAUUAGCAAAACUAUUAAAUGUAUAUUUUAUGAAUGACAUUGAUGAAAAAGAAGAUUUAUCUUCUUUACAUGAUCAAACAAUUACAAAAGUUCAAUGGGAAUCAUUACAAUCUUAUGUAUUAUAUAGAAGUAUUUCAUUAAGAAAUAAGUAUGAUCUAAAAUGUGCUCAAAUCAUUUUAAGACUUUUAACAAAAUAUGUUUCUUAUAUUAAAAAAGAUGACCAACACGUUCUAUUAAAUCGUCUAAAAAUUAUUACAAAAAUAAAUGGUGAAGUGUUAACAAUUCCUUCUUCUGCUGAACCUUUCCCAUUUUUAUUAUCAACUUCUAUAACACCAUCUUCUCCAAUAAUUCAAACACAGUCUGAUAUUCUUGAUAGUCCAUGGAUUGUUGAUCCAACCGCAGAUAAAAAAGCAUCAGAAAAAGUAUAUCUUGUAGAAAAUGAAGAAAGUGAACUUAGAAUAACAUUUAAAAAUCAAUUGUCAAUACCUGUGAAAGUUAGUUGUUUAUAUCCAGAAUUUACUGGUGUUAAAAUAAAAACAUUCCCUGUCUCAGUUGAAAUUCCUGAAUUAUCUACAGUAGUCUCAACUAUCAAAUUUAUUCCAUUACACCAUGGGUUAUUAACAAUUGACAAACUUAAUUACACUUGUUGUUCCCUCCAUUUUAAUAUACCAGUUAAUAUAAAUAUUUGUGUUAUUCCACCAUUACCAUUACUUAAACCUCUUCCAUUUCCUCCUUCUAUAACAGUAUUUCCUGGAGAAACUAAAAUAAUAUCAAUCCCUUUACUCAAUGAAGGAAAUACCGUAGUGGGUAAAGCUUUUGUUAAAGUAAAAGGUGAAGGAAUUUAUCUUCUCGAUUGUUUUGAAAAACAACUCCCAUUACAACCUUCAAAACUUGCUCAAAUAAAAGUAGGUAUUAAUACAACAAAUUCACUUCAAUCAACUAUUCAAAUUCAAUACAACACUUGUGAAAGGGAUUGUUUUGCUCGUUUAGUUGAACUACCAAUUAAUGUUUUUGUUUCAACUGGACUAAAGGCAGAGUCUUGGGAAGUUCGUUCAGGAGAAAAUGAAAUUCAAAUUAGUUGUAUUUUACAUAACCCUUCAUACAACGCAUUUAUUGUUAUAAUGGAAACUUUUCAUAUGAAUCAUAAACACAAAAAAACUACUACUAUCUUUUCAGAGGCUCAAUCAAGACACAAGCUUGUUACUUAUAUCGAUAAACCUGAUGAAUUUAAUAAGACAAUAAUAAAAGAUAUAAUUAACCGUGAAGUUAUUAUUAAAUGGCAAGAAGCUGGAGGAAGAAAUGGUCUUAUUUUAUUUGAUGAGAGGUUAUUAUUAAAGUUAUAG